CGCGCCCCGCCGCGGGGAGGGGUGCGUGCAUGCCUGCGUCAGAGCGCGCUGGUGUAAUGGCCACGUGACUCUGCCCAGCUGAGGGAGCAGCUGUGGAGCUGGCGAGGAGUUUCUCCUAGGAGGGCCCUCCGGAGUGCCGUGGGAGGCAUCCCUGGGCUGCCGUCUGGGCUUGGACAUGGCCCUGUCGGAGGCUGAACUCUCCGGCCCUUCGGGGUGAUGCUUGGGGCUCCUCUGGGGAGCGAAGGGGCCUCAUCGGGCCAGAACCGGCGGGCUACCCAGCAGCCCUUCCCAGCAGAGAAGAUGGCGCAGGGCCACGUGGGGAUCAACACGGACUAUGGCGACUGGGACCGGAGCGCGGAUGCCGGGGAGCGGGCCCGUCUGCUGCAGAGCCCAUGCGUGGAGAUGGCGCCCAAACGCCGCCAGCCACCGAGGCCGACGGCAACCUCGGCGCUGGGGGCCGUUUUCAUCGUGGUGAACGCCGCGCUGGGGGCAGGCCUCCUCAACUUCCCAGCGGCCUUCAGCAUGGCGGGCGGCAUCGCAGCCGGGAUCGCUCUGCAGAUGUGCCUGCUGGUCUUCAUCAUUGGGGGCCUGGUGAUCCUGGCCUACUGCUCCCAGGCCAGCAACGAGCGUACCUACCAGGAGGUGGUGUGGGCCGUGUGUGGCAAGGUCCCCGGGGUGCUGUGCGAAGUGGCCAUUGCCGUCUACACCUUUGGCACCUGCAUCGCCUUCCUCAUCAUCAUCGGGGACCAGCAGGACAAGAUCUUCGCAGCACUGGUGAAGGAUGCCGCGGGGGCAGGGGCCAGCCCCUGGUACACAGACCGGAAGUUCACGAUCAGCAUCACGGCCUGCCUGUUCAUCCUUCCCCUCUCGGUCCCCAAGGAGAUUGGCUUCCAGAAAUAUGCCAGCUGCUUGAGUGUGGUUGGGACCUGGUAUGUUACAGCCAUCAUCAUCAUCAAGUACAUUUGGCCUGAUCAGGAGAUGGUCCCAGGAGAAGUUCCAACCAGCCCCCUGGCGUGGAUGUCGGUGUUCAAUGCCAUGCCCACCAUCUGCUUUGGCUUCCAGUGUCACGUCAGCAGCGUCCCUGUCUUCAACAGCAUGAAGCGGCCAGAGCUGAAGCCCUGGGGGGCAGUGGUGACGGCCGCCAUGGUCAUUGCGCUCUCUGUCUACACAGGCACAGGGGUCUGUGGCUUCCUGACCUUUGGCUCCAGCGUGGAGCAGGACGUGCUCAUGUCUUACCCCUCCAACGACAUCCCGGUGGCCAUCGCCCGGGCCUUCAUCAUCAUCUGCGUCCUGACGUCCUACCCCAUCCUGCACUUCUGCGGCAGGGCGGUGCUGGAAGGCCUCUGGCUGCGCUACAAGGGGGAGGCGGUGGAAGAGGACGUCGAGCGGGAGAGGCGGCGGCGCCUGCUGCAGACGGCCAGCUGGUUCCUCCUGACACUCCUGCUGGCCUUGUUCAUCCCCGACAUCGGCAAAGUCAUCGCCAUGAUCGGGGGGCUGGCAGCCUGCUUCAUCUUUGUCUUCCCAGGACUCUGUCUCAUCCAGGCCAAGCUCUCGGAAAUCCAAGAAGCCCGGCCAGCCAGCUGGUGGGCCAUGGUUAGCUACGGUGUGUUCAUGGUGGUGCUUGGAGCAUUCAUCUUUGGGCAGACGACUGCCAAUGCCGUCUUCGUGGAUCUCAUGAAGUGAUCCUUUUGAUUCUGCCCUCUGAGAACAAGUCUGUUUUACUCGUGUGGGGAUCCAGGGGAUCCAAAUGGCUCACUUCUUGGGAUCGGUUGGAUGUCAACAGGAGAGAGGGCUCUUCCUUCCGCUUCCUGGUGGUGCCAUUGUGAAUUGGUUUUAGUUGAAAGAUUUGACUUCAGUCCAGUGGAGCCUCUGUUGCUUCUGUGUGAACUCCUCAAGUUGGCACAGCUGCCUUCUUGGUGUGUGCAGCUGGCCCCCGAAUGAAUAGACUUGCGUUCCUGUUUGCCUUUGGGAUCCCCUCCUGCUCUUAAUGGAUGCUGCCUUGGGCAUUGCCUUGGUUCACAAGUGGAAGAGGAGGCAGGCCAUUCCCGACACAAUGGCUAGUUGACACUUAUUUGACCACCUUGCCAGUGAUGGGAUGGAGUUCUUAUCCUUGGUGCUGAAAACGUUGCUGAGAGGACAGUGAACUUUGCUGUGUAAAGUGGACUGGGCAUGAAGGCAGGAUUAUUCCACAUCCAAUCAUGGGAAUGACACUGUGUUUAUUGGGCAAAGGGAUAUGCUAUCUUGCUAUAAGAUACUGAGUUCCUUCUACUUCUUAAACUCUAAAGUGAAUCUUGAAAGAAUCCUUGUUUAGGUAUAUGGAUAACUGUGGAAGAGGCUUAUUUGUGGGCCUUGGUUUGGCAUCACAUUCACACAGCUGCUUUUCUUCCACAGCCUGCACAGUAACAUUCUGGUGAAAUUCACGAAACCCUCGUGCCCCAUGGAAGGUCUAGUUACAUACGCAGGUACGCACACACACACACACGUACACGCUAAUACACACCUCCCAGAUAAUUACAUAUUUUCAGAGCUGGAGAUGUCUGGUGUUUAGUGUGUGUGCUGGCCGAGAAGAUGGAUAUGAACUUGGUCCCUUCAUCACACACCACAGUUUCAAGGGGGACUGGGGGAAACGGCCACAGGGUUCUCCACCUCAAGCCGUGGCUGCUAGUGAACUUCUUGGCCAUCCCCUUCCCCCGCCCCAUCCCUCGGCUGGAUUCUCUUUCUUUCCAUUCCACUCAUGUCUGAAGCUGCUGCAUUUUGUUUCUUCUCACUGGAGACAUCGUUUACCAGCUGCUUUGGACUCAAAUGAAUGCCCAGCCACUUCCUUGUCAUUGGAGGUUGGUAUGACAUCCUGGGCUUCUAAGCAGGACCUCCUUCAGAUCCGUUUCUUCUGAUGUGCCCUUUGAUGGCCUGUUGUGAUGUUUACACGGCGGGUGUUCAGAGGAUUUCCUGCAGUCAUGGGAGGCGGGGUGGCAGGUGCUCAAACUGUCAAUUAUUUAUUGAAUUUUCAGAUAAUUUUCAGGUGCUUCUUCUUUCCAUUUUCAAAUCUUGCUUCCAAGGAGGGAAGCUUUUAGGUUUAAAGGAACAAUGUUAUGAUGAAAAUAAUCAUUAAAAAGGGAGAUCGCUA